AAGAGAAAGAAACCCGUCACGAAAAAGUGAUUCAAAAGCGAGAAUACUUUGUCCAAAAAUGGUUGGUAAAAUGGUCCCAAGUCACGAAUUCCACUAUCUUACCACACGAUGACAACAUCCUCGACACACCAUGGCGACAUUUUCGUUAGAACGGCGAGGCGUGAGCCGCAUUCCGUGAGCCGCGAGCCCACGAAUUGAACUCAUCACGGAGCCCACCGGCUCGAACCAUGCUCGCCAUGUUCUCACCCAAGCCAACAUCAUUAGCCCACCCUCCUCCUCUCUCACCCCAUUGCUUGCGCCGCCCAUUUCGCCCACCCACCAUAAAAGCCGAAGCGCCUCUCUCUCCAGCCCCAUGGAUUUCGACGACUAGACUGACUCGCUGCCUGAAUCGUUUGACUCGCUCCUGCUCGGGGUUGACUCGCUGCCUUGCUGCCAUGGGGUCUCUCUCUGCAUUGACUGAGACAUCGGUGUACCCGGAAGCGAGGAGGGAUGAGACUGUCGGUGAUGAUUAUCAUGGGGUUCGGGUUGAGGAUCCAUACAGAUGGUUGGAGGACCCUGAAGCAGAUGAGGUUAAGGACUUUGUUGAUAAACAAGUUCAAUUAACCGAAUCGGUGCUACAAACUUGUGAGACAAGGGAGAAGCUUAGGCAACAGAUAACCACCCUCUUUGAUCACCCUAGAUAUGAAAUUCCUUUCAGAAGAGGGGACAAGUACUUCUACUUCCAUAACACUGGCCUCCAAGCCCAAAAUGUCCUAUAUAUUCAGGAUGAUUUAGAGAGCAAAGCAGAAGUACUCCUUGAUCCUAACACCCUUAGUGAGGAUGGAACGGUUGCAUUAAACCUUUGUUCAAUAAGUGAAGAUGCAAAGUAUCUGGCUUAUGGGCUUAGUGCAAGUGGUAGCGAUUGGGUCACCAUCAAUGUGAUGCGUAUUGAGGAUAAGACCACCGAGCCUGACACUCUGAAAUGGGUUAAGUUUUCUUCUAUAAGCUGGACCCAUGAUAGCAAAGGAUUUUUCUAUGGUCGUUAUCCAAAACCCAACGAAGGGGAGGAACUGGAUGCUGGAACAGAGACGAAUAUCAAUCUUAAUCAUGAGCUUUACUAUCAUUUUUUGGGUACUUAUCAAUCUGAAGACAUACUGUGUUGGAGAGAUCCAGAACAUCCAAAAUGGAUAUUUGGAUCUCAAGUCACUGAAGAUGGGAAGUUUCUUCUUCUAGAUAUUGAAGAGGGCUGUGAUCCUGUUAACAAGCUUUACUAUUGUGAUUUAUCUGAUCUUCCGAAAGGACUUGCUGGCUUCAAAGGGGAAAAUGUCAUGCUACCCUUUGUUAAACUUGUAGACAAUUUCGAUGCUAGUUAUCGUACUGUUGCUAAUGAUGACACUAUUUUCACCUUCUUAACAAACAAAGAUGCCCCGAAGUAUAAACUAGUUCGAGUAGACCUCAAGGAGCCCAAUUUAUGGACAGAUGUUGUCCCUGAAUCUGAAAGAGAUGUGCUUGAAUCAGCUAUAUGUGUCAAUGGAAAUCAACUAGUUAUGAGUUACUUGAGCGAUGUCAAAUAUGUUUUACAUACAAGGAACUUGAAAACGGGUCAUUUUCUCCAUCGCUUGCCAAUAGAAAUCGGAACCGUGUAUGGGGUUUUUGGAAGACGCAAACAUAAGGAGAUUUUUGUUGGCUUCACAAGCUUUCUUUCCCCAGGAAUUAUUUAUCAGUGCAACUUGGAUGCUGAUGUUCCAGAAAUGAGAAUCUUCAGAGAGAUUAAUGUUCCCUGGUUUGAUCGCACGGAAUUCCAGGUUAACCAGGUGUUUGUAUCUAGUAAGGAUGGGACCAAGAUACCAAUGUUCAUUGUCUCCAAGAAGGGUAUUCCUUUGGAUGGGUCACAUCCUUGUUUACUAUAUGGUUAUGGUGGCUUUAACAUCAGCCUCACGCCAUCGUUCAGUGUUAGUCGUAUUGUCUUAACGAGGCAUCUUGGUGCUGUCUUUUGCAUUGCAAAUAUUCGUGGUGGUGGAGAAUAUGGGGAAGAAUGGCAUAAAGCAGGGUCGCUUUCGAAGAAACAAAAUUGCUUUGAUGACUUCAUUUCUGCUGCUGAAUAUCUUGUUUCUGAGGGUUACACCCAGCCAAAACGGUUGUGUAUUGAAGGAGGAAGCAAUGGUGGGCUUCUAGUUGCAGCAUGCAUGAAUCAGAGACCUGAUCUGUUUGGAUGUGUUCUUGCUCAUGUUGGUGUUAUGGACAUGUUGCGUUUCCAUAAGUUCACAAUUGGUCAUGCAUGGACUUCUGACUAUGGUUGUUCAGACAAGGAUGAAGAAUUUCAUUGGCUAAUCAAAUACUCCCCACUGCAUAAUGUCAAAAGGCCAUGGGAGCAGUCUAAUGGAAAAUCAUAUCAAUAUCCACCAACCAUGCUGUUGACUGCUGAUCAUGAUGACCGUGUGGUGCCACUUCAUUCAUUGAAACUAUUGGCAACUAUGCAACAUGUCCUGUGCUCAAGCCUGGAGAACAGUCCUCAAACCAAUCCAAUAAUUGCUCGAAUCGAUCGCAAGGCUGGCCAUGGUGCUGGCCGUCCUACCCAAAAAUUGAUUGAUGAAGCUGCUGAUAGAUAUAGUUUCAUGGCAAAGGUGUUGGAUGCCUCUUGGGUACAGUAACAAAUUCACAUGAAGCUUCUUCUGUUGAAAGUAAUGCAUCAUAGCUGGGGCUCUUAUUGGAACUAAAUCCAAGGGUAGAUGUGGUUUUAGUAAUAACUAGCCGAGGUGCACACCGGUCAUGAUGGUAGGCUGAAUUCCUGAUGGGAACUUCCUGCCUAAGCUGUUAGUUAUAUUGGGCUUGAACUUAUUUGACAUAACGAUGGGGUCAAAGCCCUGGCUUAUGGAGAUUGUAAAGGAUUGCAAAAGAAGAGCCGACAAAGUUGUAAGGGAUUGCAAAAAAGAGAGUCGACGAAGUUUGGGAGGUACUGCUUCUGUAGUAGACUGUCCUCGGCAGAGGAUUGCACCAUUUUAUCACCUUUUACUUGCCAUUUUGUUGGACUAAAUCCGCAUACUGCAAAACCACCCAAAGUAAAGAAAAAGUUGUUCUUCUUUGAUGAGACAAUGAACAGAAAGCUGUUGCACCAUCUCUUUAUGCUUA